AUGAUUGUGAGCAGCGAAGAGACGUCUAUUUUAUUUGAGUUUUUAGAUAAUAAUAACAUAAGUAAAGAAACACUGGAUUUGCAAAUACGGGAAAUCGAGAGUAUAUUAUCGGUUGAGAGCAACUCUUCAGCGGUAACUGCAUUGUCGACAAUUCCCGCACAUAUUAUAUGCCAUACUCUUAAUGAGUCGGAAGGCAUGAAAUUCAAUGAACUAAUGGCCGCCACUUAUGAUCAACUAUUUGAGACAUUUCCUAUGAUUACGACCGAUGUAUCGGAUGUGUCGGAAGGCAUUCAAAAGUUGGCAAUUCGUUGUGAGUCUGCAGUCAAAGAGCAGAUAAAACGCUUCAACAAUUUCACCGCUUUUGGCAAUAUGUGUGAAAACGAUCGCAUUUUACUGGCAAAAGGUUCUGCCACUCAGUUGGCAUGUAUGCGAUCAACUUAUUUUUACCAUCAUGAUCAGGAACAGUGGACUUUUCCCGAGGUAGUCAUUUAA